AUGGUUUCUGGGAAAAUGAGCCAGGGUCGCAAGAGGGUAGAUAUGGUUAAAAUGACCAAUAAAAACAACCUGCAGGUCACGUUCUCCAAACGUCGUGUAGGUUUGUUCAAAAAAGCAAGCGAACUUUGUACCCUAACUGGGUCAGAGCUUGCUAUUGUGGUCUUUUCUCCAGGGAGCAAAGUUUACUCUUUUGGCUCCCCGAGUGUUAGCCAGGUCUUACAGAAGUAUGAGACUCAAGCGCAAGAUUUCAUUGGAUCUCAGGGCUCAAUCGACAAGGCGAACCAGGCACGUCGCGGGGCUAACGAAAUUAGCCUCAAUGAAGAACUGAGGACACUGGAAGAUCGCAUGGACGUUGUGAAGAAAAGGAGUAGUGAACUUGCACAGAUGGUAAGAGCUAGUCAGAAUCAGUAUUGGUGGCAAGCUCCUAUUGAAGAGCUCAGUGUGGAACAGCUCGAGCAGCUAAAAACUGCUUAUGAGGAGCUGGACAAAAGAGUUCAGAUUCAAGCACAAAAAGGAUGCCAAAAUGCAACUGGUAAUUUAUCCUUUCCUUGUGUUGAUCCAAAUGCAACUGGUUAA